CCUCUCCUCAUUUCUCAGAGACCCCUCCCACACACAAAAACGAAGCACACGCAGCCUCCUCCACAGCCAAUCCGACGCUAGGGUUCUGCCGCCACGUCCCGCCGGCGCCGCGGUCGCCAGAGAUGGACGCCGCGGAGAUCGCGGAGAAGGUCCGCGCGCUCGAGGCCGCGCUCGCCGCCAAGGCCUCCCGCAUCUCUGACCUGGAGACUAGGGUCUCCCUCCUCGAAGCCGAGAACACGCGCUUCAGGAAGGCCGUGCCCAAUGUACAGUCAAUGGAUCAUUCAGGCAACCAGGGCCCAACCUUCGGCCGAUUGGACGAGGGUUUCGGCGGAAACAAGCAAAACUCAGUGGGGGGCCAUCUGGUGAAUGGUUCUGCAGAGGUCAGUGACGGCGGGCCAGAGAGGAUGGCUGUUGGGGUCGCCAUUAGGAGUAGCGCGGAGGAGAGCCUUCUUGCUGUCCCGGCUCCUUGGAAGCGCACAGUGCCGCCAGUGAUUGGCGAGAGCGGCGGCGAAGACGAGAUUGAGGAUGCUGAUGUGGGUCUUGAGGAUGAUGAUGUUUCGAUUAUGCCACGAGGCAACAAGCGUAAAGCGAUGAUUACCAGCGAUAGCGACGACGAGGACUGGAAUGACAAGGAUGGUAAAGUGCAGGAGAAGUUAGGUGUUACACCCGGUGGAAAGCGUUUGUUACGUGGACUCAGUGAUGAUGAAGAUGAUGCUGAGGAUGUUCGUGUGGUUAGGCCAGAGCAUGUGCCAUGUGUAGCUGAGACAGGGAUUGAAGAUGAGGACAAGGACGAGGAUGAUGGAACCUACAUUCGUGAAGUGCUUCCGAAGAUGAAGGACAAGAGGGGGAGUAGAGAUUAUGGUGAAUUGGGUGAAGAGUAUGUGGAGAGUGAGGAUGAUUCAGCAGAAGCCAGCAGUAUGGAAGGAUUUAUAGAUGAUGAGGACUGUUCAGAAAAUUAUAAUGAAGAGCCUGUUGAGCCAGAAGAGUCUGACGGUUAUGUGAACUAUAAAGAUGUUAUGGAUGCGCUACGUCGCAAAAGGAAUGCUAAUGGUAAGGGCUGGGACUAUGAGGCAGAGAUGCUCUCAGCAUUUGAGGAACAAGCUGAACUUUGCUUGAAAGCUGUAUGCGCCCUCUACCGAAAGCAAACUGAGGAAGAACAGUCAGUUAAAGCCAGUAUGGUGCAUAAUGGACAAGGAUUUAACCAGAUGGAUGCUGUUAGGGGAUCUCACAUAGCAGAGUUUCUUCUGGAUGGUGAUGCUCUUGGAUCGCCUAAGAAAACUGUCGACGAUUUGGAAAAAUACGACAAAUAUGCUCUCAAGUUCUGUCAGAGAAUCGCUAGGCGUUACUCUAAACAGCUGUUUGCGAUAUAUCAGAACAAGGAGGACCCCUACUUUCCCUGACUGGUAAUGCUAACUCCAGAUGCUGACCUUUGUGUGGCCCUUGUAAUAUUUUGCAUACUCAAGCCUGUCCCAGUCAUUUUUGUGUAUAUACACGUUCAGUUGUCGUUUCUUCUGAUGCAGUUAGGGCAUGCUAAAGUUAGUUUUGGGGGAUGGUAACCAUCCUAUGUAAAUCACUAGGAUGCAUGUUUUUAAGAAAAGUGGUUGUCUGAUC